CCCCGAAGUGUUCCGCUAUAUGAUGAGAUGAAAGGCUGGAAUUAUGAAAAGACCUUCGUGGAUGAUAUUUCGUACCAUGAGGGCCAUUGGAAGCUGUACGAGACCUUUGGAAUUGACCCAGAGAAGGGAAGUCUGGUGGUCUUGGGGCUGGAUCAGUAUGUCUCGUAUGUUAUGAGGUGGUAACCUCGGGUUUCUGAUAUGUCGCAUAUGUGUAUCCCACUCUUAUACUUGAACAUACCUUGGUAAAAACCAGCCUAGCUCGAGAUGGCCAUUCCAGUCGAUGAAAGGAUGAUUACGGCGAGGAUCCUGUGUGGUUCCUCA